UGAGAACUACACAGUCCGCACACUAGCCAAUCCCCACACCAUUCAUGUUUCCCGUCAAAGCAGUGCAUUGCAUUUAACCGACUUGUGACAAAACUAGCAACGGACUAUCAGAACGCCACUAAUAAAUAACUAGGGGCAGAUUUAACGUAAAGUUGUCGCGAAAAACGGACUGAUCAUUCAUCGAACUACCUAUCUGAAUACCAAAAUGGAAUGAAGAAUAACCAAUCUACCUUGUGUGGUACCUGAAUACAGUUAAAUUUAUUUUUGAAUCACUUGGGGGAGUAACGUAACCUCACUUUAAAUGCACCAUUUCAAGUUCAGAGUAGUGUAGCGUAAUUAAAUAGUUUUGUUUGUGCACAGUUCAAAAGUUAGUUCAAGUGAAGUUAAGAAAAAACCUUUCAGUGUCCAUUUAAUUAAUGUCUUGCAGUUAAACAUUAAGGAACUUUAGAUUCACUGGAACGGAAAAUCUGGAUCAGGUGGAAUAUUGAUAAAAUGACCAACUAAGCAUCCAAAACGACCACACAAAUUGCCAGUGAAGGCCUUAUAAUGCCAGUAGGAGUCAACUUAGUAAACUCUUCACUGAAAAACAGCUUCUCUUUAUCGUCUCUGCAGCAGACGCCAAGUGAGAAUACACCAGAAAAGACUACAGUUAAGCAAAGGCAGUUUAAUAGUCUUACAAAAAACAGGGUUAAGGCUACAGCAGUCAGAAGGUCAUGGGGCAGCACCGCCAGCGAUCACAGAGAGGAGUUUUGGUCCGCUUUACAGGCCAACUACAAUUAUAUAAUGGAUAACAAUCUUAUUGAUAAAUGCCAGGAAGUAAAUGGAGAUUUGGCAUCUCAUACAGGCACCUGGACUUUAAGAGAAUUCUAUGCCCAAUUCUCUGAACUCUAUUCUUGGUUAAAUAGCGUUCAAGAGACAAUUUACGGCAAAGAGGAAAAUAUUACCGACAAGGCUUUGCGAGCACGUUGUGUUAACAAGGUACUCGAAAAAAGCUCGUCGCUUAAAAUUUUUAAUGAUCAAGCUAGUCAACUAGUCCAUUUAUAUCCAGAGGUUCAGGAAGAAGUCGGUUGGAGAACAACGCAUCUCAAUUCAAAAUGGGAUUCGAUUCUUAGCAUUCUGGGUCCUUCGGAUUGUGAGAUGUGCGAUCAGGACACUUGCUUAGAUAUCGACCAUGAACUAAAAUGUUUGCGUAGCUGGUUUAAAAUAAUGGAGUCAUGUUUGCAACCUCUGGAUUUUAGAGCCAAAUAUACCAAGACUGAAAUCGAAACAAAAGCUUUAGAAUUAAAUGUGCUGCACCGUGACAUAGAAAAUCACGGCAAGAUAGUAGGUUCGGUAGUCAAAUUGUGCAAGAGACCAGACGCCAAAUGCAAUACCGCAAAUGCUCGUCGUAUCGCGAAUGGUCUUGAGCGCAGGUGGCAUCUCUUGUUCCUAAGAUCACUAGAAUGGCAGUGUUAUUUGGAGUCUCUUUCUAAGAGACAGAAUUUUAAGAAUUCGGCAACUUCGUCAGAUGAAUCUGAUAGUGAUUGUUAUAGAGAACCGGUGUCCAAGUACCCUAGACUAAGUGGUAAGGAACCACAUCGCAGAAAUUGUAAUAGCCAACCUGAAGAUUGUGAUUCUAGUGAGGAAGACGACGCAUGUUCAGUAGAGUCAAAUGAAGCCGUGAUGAGCGAUACAUCUGUACUAGAAACAUAUGAGGAGAUUGACGUAGUAGACGGCGCCUCUUCAAUUGGCGUGGACUCUUCGCAGUUUACCCAAUCCAACAAGAAAGCUCCUAACCUUGCAACCUACUACUUUAAACACGAAGAUACGGAUUCAGACAUGGACAGAAUAGAAAGUUUUUCUUUACCAAGAACGGAUGGCCAAACGAGUACAUUGGAUGAAACAUCCGAAGAAGAAUGGACCUAUACUAGAACUGAACCUGCUCACGUACCGGACUCAAUCAUGGAAAUCGACGUUACUCUUAGAGCUGAAGAUGUAGAGGAACAAAUUGUACCGAAAGCAAAAGCUAUGUCAGAAGAUCAAAUUCGUAUGCUGGUUCAGAAGGCAGAAGAGCUGGUCAGCCCCGAUAAAUGCAGGAAACCGGAACGCAGUAACUCUUUGAAAAUUUCCCGUGUAAACAAGUGGCUUAGUUUGGAAAAACCAGAUGAUAGUUGCGAUGCUAGCGCUGAAGAAGAUGAAAGAGAGUCACAAACGUCAGAAGAGAUUGAUGCCAGUACAAUGACCCUAAGAGAUUCGCACAAUACCCUAUUCCCAGAAGGAAGCAGAAAUUGGUGCGGAUCUUAUGGUUCUCGUCUUGAUGUUCCUUCGGCUAAUGCAUCUGGAAUAAACUUUCUGUCAAUAUCCGAAUCAGCUUUGCACAAAAUGACUCUAUCGCCCAAAACCCUGGACAGAUUUUGCCUAAGCACAAAUAGUUUUAAUAUUAAUGGCAACCAUUCGACCUCAUCCACUGUUGAAGAAAUUUCACCCUUGGUAACCGAGAAGACCUCACCUAUGAGAAGAAAGAAGUCUAAGUCAAAGAAAAAGGCAUUGUUUGGCAAAUCAGAUCCCCGUUUACUCUACAGUCCAGGAACAAUAAAACACCGAAACAUGCUAAUAAAAUCAGGAUCAUUCUCAGGAUACAGUUUGCAGAGAUCUGAACACGAAAGGCACUCAACAAGUGAUCCCUCCGCCGUACAUCAUUGCGCACAUUUGUGGUGCGAAGUUUCCACGACAAGCGGUGCUGAUAGUGACGACGAUUCAAGGAAAAGAAUGCCUAAUAACAAAUCAGGAAGUAAACAACAAUACCCGUAUGGCUCGGAAAUGCGAGAGGAAAGCCCUGGAAAAUUCAGCCUAAAUGCCACAGAAUCUAGUUCGUUAUCAGAAGCUUGGGACAAUUACCAGGAACCAUACCUUUCGGAACCUUAUAGCGAAUCACACGACUCAGAUGCUGCAAGAAGAUUACUAAACUUUGGCGAAGACUACAGAAAUUUUAUCGAUAGCCAGUCAGAUUGGUCUGCACUGUCAGAUGUCUCACCCAAAUUCAAAAGAAAGGUAUUUGUACAACAACAAGCAGCAGAAGAGUCGAACAGUGAUGAAGAGAGUCUCAAGCAGCUGAUAAAUGAUUCACGGGAGCAACUGAAAUACGCACAAGAUGUUUUUGAACACGUGAAGGAAGGGAUCAGUAGUGUUACGAAUGAAAUUGAACAGUUAGUAUCCAACUGUGACAGCCAUAUAGCCCUUUUGAGCCACAUAACAGAAUCAUCAGAUGAAUAUAAAAUGUCAGCUGGAGACAAAGCAGUGACCACAGGACUUCUAAGCCAGUGGAAAACCCUUAGGAUAAGAAGCGUCAAAAUGCAAGAAUAUAGAAGGUUGCAAAAAGAAAUAAGUGACCUCAAAAGUUUUAUUACCAACCUAGAAGUACCUGAAAACAGUAGUCAGCUUCAGGGAGGCGGCAAUCCUUCUGAAGACAUUAAUAAUGAAAUUGAAGUUUGCAACACAACCCUUGAUCUGAUCAAAAACCAUUCAUCAAAACUAGCAUCAAUAAAUGCAGCAGUACACAGGUUUACCCUUGAAAAUCAAGAUUUUGAUGACUUCAGCAAAUGCACACUCAAAGCUGAGGUUUCUGAGCUUUACGAACUAUUUGACAAUGCUAAAACCAGAAUUUCUACGAAACUGAGCGAAAUAGAGAAUUUACUUCCGGGAUGGAAAAUGCUGGAGAGCCGCUUGGAACAGCUGCAGAAAGAUCUUCUGGAAGAUGGAAAAACUUUACAUCUUUUGGAUACUGUACUUACCAAUGGACAGUUCACUGAUCAAACUGCAACUUGCGUUCGUGAUGUAGCUAAGGUUCUGUCAGAAUCAACUUCGUAUCAGGGCUAUCCACUACCAGAAUUUUUCACAGAGGGGUCCUUCUCUGAUAGUGGCAUUUCUGAUGAAGGCUCAGAACAUGAAAUUGGUGAACGACAAGGACGUUUAGCCGCCAUAAGAAGGUUAGUGAGACAACUGGAGAUCGGACUUAGCCCGGACUCUAAGGCCAGGCUGAUUAUGAGGGAAAAAUUGUCUGCUGCAGAAGAGGAAUUAAAAGCGCUUCAACAGAGGUGUAGAAAUCUAAUUGUUAGGACUGCUGCCGUUUCUCAACCUGUAAUAGAAAAAAUAAGCCGAAAAAACAAACGGGCAGAGACAAAGGUGGCCAAAUCAGAUGGCGGGGACGACGAUCCAGGUAAUGAUCCUGAAAAAACUAAAUGGUUGAAACGCCUGUUCAAAACCUCUUUAGCUUUUCAGCUGGUUAUUUUAACAUUUGUUUGUAUAAGUUGCUGGUAUGAGCCUCAGUGCUGCGAUUAUAUGAAUAAUUAUCAGUGGUCAGUUAGUCCCAAGUUACAUUACGAGGGAAAACCUCCUAUAUAAUUAUUAUUUUUCUUCAGUUAGAAGGAGCAACAUAAAUAAUGUACAUAGUGUACUUAAUAAUUUCAGGGGAUAUGUAUGUUCAGCUCAAUUUAAUUAAAAACAACAAUUUAUUAAAAUAUUUUAUUUUCAUUUUGCCCUUUAAAGCGUUUUACGAUUGGAAUAUUUUGUUGGUUGAGCUUUUCGUACUGUUAUUUACUUUUGUUUUACUUCUAGUGUUAUACUGUUGUAUUAAAUCUCCCUAUAUUUUGGUAAUAAAUACAACUAGUUUGAGUUAUUACGCUUUUUAUGAAAAUCAGUUUAGUAUUUAAGGAUUCUUCAUAAGAUAAACAAAAGCUAUCUUAUAAUAAUUAAAUAAUAAACAAAAAUCUAAAAAAUACCUACACAUUGUACAUAAAAAUAACUAAGAUAUCAAAAUAUAGGGAGUUGAUUAACACGGUACAAAUUAAUGCCAAUUAUAGUGAGUAUUUUUAUAGUUACUAUUUUUAUAUAGAGUGAGAUAGACUAUAUUAUCAUAGUAUAAGUUUUACUUUUGGAUAAAACAAUUUAAAUAUGUUUUGCUGCCAUAUAUUCUAGAUCUCUCUCGAGGUGUAUUCUAUUUUCAAAAUUAUCGUGCAUUUACUUAUGUGCCCAGUGCAUUUGCAGCUGCACCGCUAUAUUUUAAAACAGUUGCGGUGUUUCAAUUUUAUAUUAAAAUUUUUUUUAUAUAAACCGUUGAGCUAAAAACUAGUAUUUUUAGUACAAUAAUGUAAUGUAGCAUAUUGCUAUUUUUUGUACAUAGUUACAAGAUUUUUCUAAUUACAUUACGUAAGAAUAUCUGCCUUAACCUCAAAUAUUUUUAAAGUACGGUUAGAGGUUAGUUACGAUUUACAGGUAUGGUUAUUAUAACCAGAAAUUAAAUGUCCAGUAGUAUUUUUUCCAAUGGACCAAUAAGUUAAUCUCAUCGACAUUGGUGAAAUUGCACUCUUUGAAACAUAUUUAUUGUUUGUUUUUUUUUGUUUGUUAAUUUAUAGUUUUUAUAUUAUAUUUAUCUUUUUUUGUUUACUGUAUUACUUACUGGUGCGUAUAUGAAUUGAACGGCCUUAUUAUGGCUGAAUAUGAGAUAUCAUUCAGUCAACUGGCGCCUGCCACUAUAUAGACUGACUCGAAAAUAACAGCACUUUUCGUAUCUUGAAAUGCGACAAACUUGGGACUAACGAUUUAUGAAAAUGACAUUUGACAGAAGCUUUGAGGCAUCUCGUCUUGACCACUUUAAGGGAGGCUUUAGUUCAAUGAGAUUUUUAUCUCACUGAUUUGUACUUAGUCCUCCGUUCAUAAGUAGGGAUUGCAUGUUAAGCUAAGUAGUUUUAUGAAUUUAAGGCACAACUUUACAUACAAAUCCAUCAACUAAGAAGAUACUGAUGCAUGAUGCAUUUGUAUAUAAAUUUGGAUUUUCCCUACUAAGUGAACUAAUUCAACGUGUUAAUGUUAGUUUUAUUUGUAAGGUAUUUGCCAAGGUACAUAAAUGGAACUUAAGUUAAGUGCAUACUAUUAAUUGUAUUUUUUAUUACAUAACCAAUAGUCAGUCCGAAUAUUUCUAUCAUGAUGGUUUUUUUAAACCUGUGUGUUUAAAGGUUUGCGUUUAAUUUAGUAAUGAUGGUGUAAUAACAAAAUUAUUGAUCUUUUUUAAUUUAAUACCUUUCGACUGUAAUUAGGCACCUUCAUUGCUGAUUAACGAUUAAAUUACCGAUUACGUUUAUUUAGCGUACAUGUGCAACGUACGUUUAAUUAAAGUAAUUUGUGUAUUUUGGGAGUUAUAUAUGAGUAUUUUUUUUUAAUUUUCCUUAAAGCAUUAAAAACAAAGCGAGUUAAAGUAAUAAUACUAUUUUGCAUUUUUUGCAGGGCUUAUUGUCCAGUUUUCUGAGUAAAUUUCUUAUAAUGUGUUCAUAAAUUACUUUAACUUGCAACAGUUUAGACUAUUAUUUUUCGUUGUACAACGAGCCUAGAUGUUAGUCAUAACGUCUAAGAAACUACUUAUUGUUUUUCCUUUAAUAAUUUUAUUUACAACACACAAAUUGGAGUGCCUUGAUACAUAUUGUCAUACAUACUAGAAAAAAUAUACUUAGUAAUAUCAAAAAUAGGUUUACCCAAUAAAGAUCGUAUUAGUUAUUUUGAUUUCCUACAGGGCAUUAAUUUUGACUUUUUUAUUUAAGUAGGUCCCAC